ACAGUGAAAUGGACGGGGCUCCGCUCUUGGCAUAGGCGCGUUCCUUUCUACGCGUGGCGCGUCACUAUCCUUGAACAAUUUCACUGCAUCCAACGUCUCAAUGCUUACUGCCUCGAGGUCAACAACACUGCUUCAUCCAGGCAGACGACCGUUGUAGUACUACUGUCAUUUCUACCUUUGUUUGAUUCGUGUUUGUGAUCAUGGAGACCGAGACAGUUGUAACUACGCCGGGGGCUCCUGCCUCAGCACCGCAACAACUCACGCCUACUUCCAGGAAACGCAACUACAAAGGAGAGAUUGUGAAUCAUUCAUCUACUCUCACUCCACCUGUUGAACAGCAGAGAACUCCCAUCACCGGCACAAGAUCCCGCUCCGUGUCUCCUGCUCUCAGCAGAGCCAGCACACCAUUGACCGAACUUGGUUCCACACCCCACCUCAGCCCGUCACAAUCCGGAAUGGCUCCUAGCGACUCUAAGAAAAGAAAGCUCACUUUCGCCGAACGAGAAGUCGAGAAGGCCUUGAGACUGCAGGAGAAGGAAGAGAAAGAGCGACAGAAGGAAGAGAAAGAGCGACAGAAGGAAGAGAAAGAGCGACAGAAGGAAGAAAAGGAGCGGCAGAAGGCUGAGGCGAGAGCCAAGAAAGAGGAAGAGAAGAAAGCCAAGGAGGCUGCCAAAGAGCAGAAACAGAAACAGAAAGAUGCCGUUAAGCUGGAGAAAGAUGCCGAGAGGGAGCGCAAGGCUGCCGAAGCACUCAAGAAGGAGAGAGCACAAAUGCGUAUCGGUGCCUUCUUCGGACGACCUGCUCUUACGUCUACACCGCCUUUGAGUCCGGAUGAUGUCUCUCAAGGUACACGAAGCCGACGGUCAUCCAUUGCGUCCAUCGACAUGGAAGAACCGAUUGUCGAGUCGAAGACAUUCAAACCUCCACACCCAGAAUAUAGGAAGUGGAUUAACCCAUUCUUUGUCCACGAGAACGUGGAGCUGGCUCCGUUCAAUCGCUUCCACUCAGCCAAAGCCUCCGAUGAUGAUUUGCCUAUAAACCAACCAGUGAUUCCAGAAAAGGUCAAUACGAGAUUCCAUAAGCGUCGGAGAUUGGCCAGAAUCAGACCAGUGAAGCAGAUCAUGGAAGAAGUUGGUUCGGCAGAUGCACCUGUUGAUCUUACUGGAACUACCGACGCUCUUGCGACAAUCCCAAUCAAGUACAUGUUCUUUCAUCAAGACAUUCGACCUCCUUAUCAAGGCACAUACACAAGAGUGGUCUCUCCACGUCGUGCUCACAGAAUCGCACUCAAUCCAUCUGUUCGCGCAUUGCCAGACACAAAUUAUGACUAUGACAGUGAAGCUGAGUGGCAGGAGCCAGAAGAGGGCGAUGACGAUCUCAUGGAUGAAGAUGAGAAGUCUGAAGAUGAAGAUGGCGAGGAGGAGAUGGACGACUUUCUCGACGAUGAAGGCGCAAUUCACAAACGACAGGCUCUUGUGACCGAAAUGGAACCUAAAUCAAGUGGACUUUGUUGGGAGGGAAUGGAUGCCCAGCCCUCAGAUGGAUUCGAUCUGAGUAUCUAUCGCAUGGACGUUCUUCACGACUCGACCACAUUCCCGAUCGACCCCUAUUCGACGAAUCACUGGUCCGAUUUGGGAAAGACAAGCCCCAAGAAACGCGAGAAGGCAGUAGGAACACAGGUCCCUAUGCAGCCACCUCGUCUACCAUUGAUGGCCGUUGACGGGAAUAGUGGAACAUUGAUGCCAUCUUCAACUGUUCAGGGUCAAGUUUCGACGCUUGGUCAGACUGAGAAUACAACGUCCAAUGCGAAAGUCGGGGCUGGUACCACUUCGAAGUCAGGAAAGCCGGUCAAGAUGAUCCAGGCUGAUCUCUUACCAGCUUUCCGAGACGCUGUAUCAGGAAGCCCACUGACCAAGCUUGGUCUUACUGAAGUACUCAAGCAGCUGUUCAAGCAAUGCCCCAAAGACGCCAUCAAGAACACACUGGAGACGAUUGCAGUAAGACAAGGCGGCAAGGAGGCCGGAUGGAAGUGGGUAUUGAUCAAUUGAGGUUGAAACGAACUGUAUUUUAGCGGGUCAGGUACAGUCUGUUGAUGCAUACAUUAGCAUGGCGUCAGCGUUCAUCAGCACGAACAGGGAUGUAUUGUACC